CGGAAAAUGCGUAGGAAUAAAAAUAUUGCAACUUUUUAUUUUAUCACUCUUGAGUAGACAUAUUUUUUGAAAUUUAUGGAGUAAUUUAUGAACUUGAGAAUUCAAGGUUGUUGAAAUAUUUUCAAUUUGUAAUUGCUCAUUUGGUGCUCAAUAAUUGAAAUCAGAAUAAUGGCUCAACCUCAAUAUCCGAAUGCUGCGCCUAAUAGGGAUUUCUUAUGGAGUGUGUUUCAGGGAGUUGAUAAAGACAGAAGUGGUUACAUCAGUGCUAAUGAAUUACAAACAGCUUUAUCUAAUGGUACAUGGACUCCUUUCAAUCCUGAAACUGUGAGACUAAUGAUAGGUAUGUUCGAUAAACAAAAUCGUGGUACUAUAUCUUUUGAUGAUUUUGGAGCGUUGUGGAAGUACGUAACAGACUGGCAAGCCACUUUCAAAUCAUUCGAUCGAGACAAUUCUGGUAAUAUAGAUAAAGGAGAAUUACACACAGCUCUCAAAACUUUUGGCUACAAUUUAUCUGAUGGAACCGUUGAAACCAUUGUAAGAAAGUUCGAUAGGCAUGGAAAAGCAACCAUUUUAUUUGACGAUUUUAUUCAAUGCUGUAUCCUGUUGACUACAUUAACGAAUGCAUUCCGCCAAUUCGACACUGAUCAAGACGGUGUUAUUACGAUUCAUUAUGAACAGUUUUUAACUUUGGUUUUCAGCAUAAAGAACUGAUCAGUUGAGAACGUUUUGAAAUUACUCAACCCAUUCAAUCAUGUUUACUUUUAUACUCAGCAUUAUUUAUGAAGCGUGGCGAGUUUGAUUCAUUAUUAUAAUUAUUUUUAUAAUUUUAUAAAAAGUGUAUUUUUAUCCUAUUACCUCAGUUUAUAAAAUUUUGACGAUUACCACAAAUUCAAGUAUGGGAAAAUUUGGUACUUGCUGUAAUUUAUGGGAAGAAUCUCGUUUACGACAAGAUUACCAUUUACGUAAGUAUGGUGUUUUUAAAGUUCAAAAUUUCUAAACCAAAAGUUUACUUAUGUAUACCAAAUUACGAGGAUAUUUUAUUGUAUAAAUAAAUUUCUUCCGUCAUUAUUAUGCUAAUUAUAAAUAAACGCGUAAUAACUUUGCACUUUCUUUUAUCGAGAA